AGCUUUGCACGCCCGUGUGUCAAAACAACCAAAAGCUUGACGUGUUCUUUAUAAACUGCUUGGCCGCUACAAUGGAUUGAGUCCAAAUCACUGCUUUUAGAGUGACUAUCGUGCGAAUGCGUUGAAUUCUGCUCAAGUUUAAAACAUAAUAAGUGAAAAAAUUGUGACGCGUGUCACAGCCCAACUUUGCGUGGUCAUUGAGGAAUCGAAUCAAUAAGAUCAGGAUGUCCGACAAACAGAAAGUGCUGAUAGCCGCCGUAGGCAUAUUCGUGUGUUACUUCUACUUCGGGAUCAUUCAGGAGAAGAUCACUCGUGGCAGGUAUGGGUCAGAACUCCAGGAAGAUGGAACCCGUGGGGAGCGAUUCACAUUCACUCUGGCACUCGUAGGGGUGCAAUGCAUAUGCAAUUGGAUAUUCGCCAAGGGUAUGCUGAUAGUGUAUCCGCAGUCUCAGGAUUCUACACCAAAGGUGUACUACGCUAGCAGCUCCUUGACUUAUCUAUUGGCGAUGAUCAGCUCCAAUAUGGCUCUACGUUGGGUUGCUUACCCGAUGCAAGUUGUAGCUAAAUCGGCCAAACCGAUCCCGGUUAUGCUGCUUGGUGUGCUUUUCGGACGAAAGUCAUACGCGUUGCAAAAGUACUUUUUUGUAUUGUUGAUUGUCAUUGGCGUUGUGUUAUUUAUGUUCAAGGAAGGAAAGACUAGCAGCAGCCCGCUGGAACAGGAAGGGCUUGGUCAAUUGUUGUUACUCAUGAGCCUAACCAUGGACGGUUUAACGGGAGCGGUUCAAGAACGAAUGCGGCAACAUAGCUCUCCCUCAGCGCAGCACAUGAUGUUGUCCAUGAACGGCUGGAGUACGGUAUUCCUGUUCUUUCCUCUGCUUCUUUCUGGAGAGGGUUUCGAAUUUAUCGCAUUUGCAUCCAAGUACCCUCAGAUGCUAGGCCAUUUGGCAACACUAUCGUUAGCCGGUGCCCUUGGACAGUUGUUCAUCUUCAUGAUGGUAUCGUCGUACGGAGCCCUGGCAUGUUCGGUUGUAACAACUACGAGAAAAUUCUUCACCGUGCUGUGCUCGGUAGUUCUUUUUGGAAAUUCACUCAGCAGCCGACAGUGGCUCGGUGCCGUGCUAGUUUUUGCUGGUCUAUUUGCGGACAUGUUUUACGGAAAGAAGGGACCAGCGGCUUCGACCAAAACUCCUUCGAAGCCCAAAACCAAAAGUGAGACUGAAGAAUUGCUAAAAUAGGAAAUCGCAUCUAGGCCGCCGGGAUCUAAUCAAUUGUCUAUUGGAUGUAACUUCGCACAAACUGUAGAAUCUACUGUCGUAAAUGUGCAACCAGUGUUGAACUGUUAAUUGUGAGGAAUAUUUUAGUUUAAGAAAUAUAGAUCAAUUAUUUCUAAUCAAAAUCA